UUUAACUUAACCUGUAAAAUGAAGCUUCUAUUUUGCACAUUUGUACUUCUGAUUGUCUCUGUCUACAUAGCAGUUAUAUCUGCUCUUGAAGGUGAACUUACAACAGUUUCAAUGGGAACAACUACACAACCAUCUACUAUAGAGGUUACAACAGCUACAGAAUGUGUUAAAGAAAAAGUUGUGCUAGGCGAGUCUAAUAUUGAUACAAAUAACCCGUUGGCACCCUUGUCCACAAGCGACAAAGAUGCACUUCAAGAGAAAGACGAUAACAAGUUUGUUGAGACAAAUGAAUCUAUUAUGGUUCUGUUGAUUGACGGUUUAGACGAAGAAGUAAAUGGUGUAACAGUUUCUGGUGAUGGCAUUGCUACUAUUACCGUGAAGUAUAAUCUUCCAGAUAAUCCAGAGUUUAUAACUGUUCAGGCCCCAAAUGUACAGCCGGGUGAAGAAAUCCCAUUGGAAUCGAGAAAGUACAACGUUAUAAGAAUAACAGUCACAAAACAAUCCGGCAGCAGUAGUAUUCGUUUAGACAGUGUAGAACUUUCUACUUGUGUUGUUAUGGGCGAACGGUGCAACCAGGCAAAUGACUGCAGUGUAACACUGUGUUCUUCAGGCAGCAGUCUUGCUUGCAUACAUGAUGAAUGUACAUGUACAACACAGUCUGGAAAUGCAUAA